AUGGCCAUUGGGUUAUUGCUGCUCGGUGUCUUCGCCGCGGCCCUCGCCGCGCCGUCGACAGGCACGGCUCCUCGAACUGCUUGCACCUUUACCGACGCCGCGAGCGCCAUCAAGCAAAAGACCAGCUGCGCCGUCAUUACUCUCAACAACAUUGCUGUUCCCGCUGGCAUGCCAUUGGACUUGACAGGUCUCAACGAUAGAACCCAUGUAACAUUCGCGGGAAAGACAACUUUCGGAUAUAAAGAGUGGACCGGACCGCUCAUUUCCAUCUCAGGCAAGGAUAUUGUUGUCGAAGGCGCCGCCGGUCACUCCAUCGAUUGUCAGGGACAGCGAUGGUGGGACGGCAUGGGAGGAAACAGGGGCAAGGUCAAGCCCAAGUUCUUUAGCGCCCACAAACUCACCAACUCGCGGAUUCAAGGCCUUAACAUCAUCAACACCCCCGUGCAGGCUUUCAGCAUCAACGGGGCCACGAACUUGGAGGUCCAUAACGUUCAUAUAGACAACUCCUUGGGUGAUACGAAAGGUGGCCAUAAUACGGACGCCUUCGACGUUGGCGCCUCAAAUGGGGUGUACAUCUCUGGUGCCGUGGUAAAGAACCAGGACGACUGCAUCGCCAUAAAUUCGGGGACCAAUAUUACCUUUACGGGCGGUGACUGCUCAGGCGGCCAUGGCUUGUCUAUCGGUUCGGUCGGCGGCGGUGACGCGGUCAGAGGGGUUCGCAUUCUCAACUCCAAGGUUUCCAACUCGGCCAAUGGCGUCCGCAUCAAAACCAGGCUCAAUGAGGUCGGGUCGGUUUCGGAUGUCAUUUACGACAACAUUGCCCUGACGAACAUCGCCAAUUAUGGCAUCGUGAUUCAGCAGGACUACGAGAACGGCGGAUCCAAAGGCUACCCUUCUGCCGGAGUGCCUGUCACCGGCCUUACUGUGAAUCGGGUUGUUGGCAAUGUCAAGCCCACUGGCACCAAUGUCUACAUUAUCUGCGCCGCCUGCCGAAACUGGAUCUGGACGAACAAUAGAGUCACGGGCGGCACCAAGGUGAUGCAAAACAAGGGAGUGCCCCCGGGGGUCGUCACCAGGUUCGCAGACGUGUCGGCGCAUCCUUCUGUCUCCCACAUGCACGGUCAAUCCUGGUCGUUGAUGCGUCCGGGGAGGGUGUAG